GGCUACACACAUGAACGCAGAGAGCUCGUCGGCGCGUCUCCUGGCUAUGCGCGACCGGGAGGACGGUCCGCGGAGUUCACCAGCACGGCGCCUCCUGCUCUGAGUCCGGAGCUGGUGGAGAGACAACCCCGGGGCUCCUCUUCCGCAGGAGUGGGGGCGGAAAUUUUUCUUUUUCUUUUCUUUUUUUUUUUUUUUUUUUGACCAAACUUGCCGGAGAAGCCGCCGAAGGAGGGAAGAGGCGGUCUUGUUUCGUCGCUCGCUUCUGAGAAAGUGUGAAACAAGUGCGAAGAGAGGAAGAGAAGCAACAGAUGUUCUUGGCGAGCAUGCAGCCGGCGGAGGAAUGAAGGCGGCAGCGAGGCACCGGCGGCCCUUCCAGCGGUUCUGCUGCUGUGGAGUCGGGCUGGUCGCCGUCAUUUGGCUCGCGCAGGUCAUCCAGGCUCCAGAGACAAAGUCCUCCGGGCCUCAGCCAGGCGUGAACGGUGAGCUGCUGCGAUGGACACGCAGGUUGAUGGAGGAGAAGUUAGACAACCAGACCUCGGAUGAGCCCCGAGCAGCCAUCCAUGAAUUUCCAGAAGACAUCUUUACCAAGGAGCAGAGGAAGAAUGGGGCUGUGCUUCUCCAUGCACUCUGCGCUUUCUACAUGUUCUACGCUCUGGCCAUCGUCUGUGACGACUACUUCGUCCCUUCAUUGGAAAAAAUAUCAGAGAACCUGCAGCUCAGCGAGGAUGUGGCAGGAGCGACAUUUAUGGCCGCUGGAAGCUCCGCCCCCGAGCUUUUCACCUCCCUCAUUGGUGUUUUCAUCACCAAAGGUGACGUUGGGGUCGGCACAAUUGUGGGUUCAGCUGUCUUCAACAUCCUGGUCAUUAUUGGGCUGAGUGGGAUCUUUGCGGGCCAGACGGUGGUGCUGACAUGGUGGUCUCUUUUUAGAGAUUCGUGUUACUACAUCUUGUCUGUACUGGCACUCAUUAUGGUUAUCUAUGACGACAAAGUUUACUGGUGAGUCAGACAUUUUAUACUCAUGAGCCCAUUCAUUCAUUCAUUAUGUUGACUUCAUGUAGGAUUUUUAUGUUUAUAAACAUUAGUCUUUAAAAUAUUUUAAAUAUAUAUGAGACAAGCACAUUAAUAUUUUGUUGUUAUUGAAUGCAAACCUUAAAACUACAACUAUUUGGGCACAUAUUUAAUGUAAUAAUAAAAUCCUGAUUUCCUUGCAUUUUAUUGUAUU